UCAAAUAGCUUACAUAAACAUUGUAAACUAUUUGACUGAUGUAGCUUAAAUAUUGCCUACAAUAUUUCACAUGGACAAUUUCCCGAACAAGUGUAAAAACGAAUGGGUCGUUAUAUUUAAGGCCAACUGAAACGUCUUCAUUAGCCUUUAACACACUUCAUUACAUUUAAUUAACUUGAUUAAAAUAGCCUACACAUUGACAGGUCAUAACGACAGACUACAAAAAGAAAUAAAAAUAACCACGUAGAUACUCAUUCAGAAACUGCUGGUCUACGUCAUUGGUUUCUGCGUAAACGUGUUUUGGCGCAAUGCAGCUUGUUUGUUGAGCCACGUUAAUCAGGAACUACUAGCCUCUUGGGGGAGGGCUUAGUCUUUCUUGGACCUGCCCACAUUUAAUUAUAUUUCUUGGAACUCACACAUUUUUUUCUUCAGAAUGGAAUCAGAAUGUCUGGAACUAAGGAGCUCCUGUUUCGCACCCUAAGUGAUUUAACUGAAGAUCAGUUAAAACACUUCAAAUCUAAAUUGUGCGACUGCGAGCUGAAGCCUCGAAUUCGUAGAGGCGAAGUCGAGAAGGCAGACAGAUUGGAUCUUGUGGACAUACUAAUCUCCAGACACACCACAAAUAAGGCCGUUCCAGUCACCAUCCGUAUUUUAGAGUCUAUGAAUUGCAAUGAUUUAGCUACCGAACUGAAUGAAAUCCAAGGGGAGCUUGGUUCCGCGCGGGGAGAAGGCGCGAGCAGUGGAGGAGCGGCAAAUCCGGAAGCUGCAGAAACGCACUUCGUUGACGUCCACCGCACAGUCCUGAUCGAGCGAGUCACCAAUACGUGCGCCAUCCUGGACCGGCUGCUGGAACGCAAGGUUAUUACCCAAUCGGGCUAUGAGGAGGUUAUGGCAGAGCGCACAAACCAGAACAGGAUGAGAAAAAUAUUCAGCGGCCCCAUGCAUUCAGGGGGUAAACUGGCGAAAGAUGCGCUGUGCGAGAUCCUGGAGUCGCAAGAGCACUUCCUCAUGAACGAGCUGAAGCAGCUUCGGGGGUGAAGAGAGAGCUUCCGGAUCAGGACAAAAUGGGGGAAGUGCAGAAUCCACGGGACGAUUCCUUUCCUUUGUGCGUUUUUAAGAAGAACCCAAGAAAAGGAAUUCCUGUUUACUGAUUUAUUUCAAUAUAUUUUCUUAUGCAUAAUAUUUUUUAAACUUCAUACGCGUGUUAUCUUAAACAACUGAGGUUGUGCUUUGCUGGUGAUGAUGGUGAUUGAGUUUUGGAUUAAAUAUGAUGAGUGAAACCUUUCAAAUGAAAUAUGACGAAUGAAAUCUCUCAAAUAAAAAAAUAAUGAUA